AUGGUAAAUUUCAUAGAAUUUAUAAUAUCUAAACCUGAAAAAAAAGGUAGAUCGGAAAUAGCUUAUGCAUUGGAUCAUAACUACUGGGAUAGAAGAAUUGGGCAAUUAGUUUUAAGUAUGAUGGUUGAUAAGUGGGGUCCUGAAGUAUGCAAAAUUGGUUUAGAAGAAAAUUAUUACAUACAGAAUAAACAAGAAAUCUUUCAAUUUAAUGGUAAAGAAUUAGAACAAUUCAGUGCUACAGUUAGACUUAAAAAUAUUAGUUCUUCGUUUAUCCUUAAGAAAGUAGGUUUUGAACCAGUACUAGCAGACAAAUCAAUUGAUUUUGAAAAUAAAGUUUAUGAUUUACCACCAUUAGAUAAUUUACUAAAUUAUUGUGAAAAACUUGAAGAUUUUAUUAAUCAAUUUAAUGACAUUGGGGACAUAGAAGCUAGUAAGCUUUACACUCAAGAGAAUGACAAAAAUUUCACAUUUUGUAUAAAUGCGGAUGGCAGAAUUAGAUUUCAUUAUAAAAAAAAUAUAAAAUAUUAA